CGCAGUAGCUGGCUGAUGGGGCGUCCAACGCCCCGCAGCCUUGCGCAGCCGCAGUAGCAGGCUGAAGACGUGGCCAACGGUCCCUGGCUCCCUUCCUUCACACUUUGAAGCCUACCUGCCACUCUCCUCCAUUCGUAUCACCUCUUGAGUGGCCAUGAGCUGGGCUAUGGGAGUCCUGCGGGCCAGCGGGAGAGUGGGCACUGCUAGAGCGAAUUUCCUGUGUCUGCGGAUGGCACCAUUUCCCCGCCAGACAGCCUGCAUCCCACUCAGGGGCGCUUGGCCCGUUAUUCCCGUGUCCGAGAUGGCAACUGUCAAGGGUGAGCUUAUGAGUAAUCUAACUUCAGAGGAGGGUGUUCAUCGCAAUAAGAUCUCCAUUAUAGGAACUGGAUCGGUUGGCAUGGCCUGUGCUAUCAGCAUCCUGCUUAAAGGCUUGAGUGAUGAACUUGCCUUGGUGGACGCUUCUGAAGACAAGGUGAAGGGCGAGACAAUGGAUCUUCAACAUGGCAGUCCUUUCAUGAAAAUGCCAAAUAUUGUUUGCAGUAAAGAUUAUCUUGUCACUGCAAACUCCAACCUCGUGGUUAUCACAGCAGGUGCACGGCAGGAAAAAGGAGAAACUCGCCUUAAUUUAGUGCAGCGAAAUGUGGCCAUCUUUAAAUCAAUUAUUUCUAAUAUUAUUCAGUACAGCCCUCACUGCAAGCUGAUUGUUGUUUCCAAUCCAGUGGAUAUCUUAACUUACGUAGCCUGGAAGUUGAGUGAAUUUCCCCAAAACCGUGUUAUUGGAAGUGGUUGUAAUCUGGACACUGCCCGUUUUCGUUUCUUGAUUGGGCAGAAGCUUGGUAUCCACUCUGAAAGCUGCCAUGGGUGGAUCCUUGGAGAGCAUGGAGACUCAAGUGUUCCUGUGUGGAGUGGAGUGAAUAUCGCCGGCGUCCCUCUGAAGGAUCUGAACUCGGACAUAGGAACUGAUAAAGAUCCCGAGCAGUGGAACAAUGUCCACAAAGAUGUGAUUGCCAGUGCGUAUGACAUAAUUAAGAUGAAAGGUUAUACUUCUUGGGCCAUUGGCCUAUCUGUAGCUGAUUUAUCAGAAAGCAUUUUGAAGAAUCUCAAGAGAGUGCAUCCAGUUUCCACCAUAGUUAAGGGUCUCUAUGGAAUAAAUGAAGAAGUAUCCCUCAGUGUUCCUUGUGUCCUGGGAGAGAAUGGUAUUACCGACCUUAUAAAGGUGAAGCUGACUCCUGAAGAAGAGGCUCGUCUGAAGAAGAGUGCAGAAACGCUUUGGAAGCUUCAGAAGGACUUAAAGUUUUAAAGUUGUUAAAUCUGCCAUUCUGAAGUUAUAGGGUUGUAUAUGUCAAAUUUUGAAUAACCUUAAAUUCCUAAAAGUUGGAAACAGUAGUGUGACUGCCCCAUUUAUUUAGCCCCCCAACUCUUAUUUAGCAUUCAGAUUUUUUUUUUAAAAAAACAGUUCUUAAGCUACUUCAUCAAAGAAGGUUCUUUUUGUACCACUGAGGUACCAGUACUUGCUUUGAAUCUAUAGGUAGUUGCCGUUAGGUCUUAAAUGUAAGAUGUAGGUGUUUGUCAUGUUAUAGAAAUUCUGAUUCUCUUUAUUAAAUACAUGUUAAUUCUUCCA